UGCUCUGAGGACAAACAGUCAAAAACGCUUCUUCGAAGUCACGCUAUAUAACACUUCGUAAUAAUGAAGACUAAAGUAAUCAUCCUUCUAACGUUGCAACUGCUAACGUUGGUGAUAGCUGAUUCAAGUCAGGAAGAUAGAAAUAGUUUGGAGCAUCUAGAAGGAAAGCUCACGAGAGCGAUGGAUGAAAUCGACAGAAAGGACGUCAUCGAUGUUUACGGCGAUAUGGUAACCCUGAGAAAGAUUGCGGGAGACGGAGAACCAUCGGAGGAGAGCGAAGAUCCGCUUGUGAGCAGGAUCGAAAAAUUCCUAAGAACGCGAAAAAUACAAAUUAAUUUUCCUAAUGACGCUUCAACCGCUGGUUUGUUCGCACGCGCCCUCGGCCAGAGAAACGUCGACAUAGAACUUGGAAGCUUAGCACGUGGAACGUCUGAAGCACGUACAAAAUUGAAGAGGAUGCUCAUGCCACUCUUGAUUUUGCUGAAGUUAAAAGCAAUAAUCGUUCUGCCUAUCGUAAUUAGCUUGAUCGCUCUAAUAGGUUUGAAGGGUUUGGGCGCAGGUCUCAUGUCGCUCUUGAUUUCCGGCGCGGUAGCCUUGAAGGCCCUUGUUACACCACCACCGCCACCAAGAGUCUCCUACGGAAUUAUAAGACCGCACGAAAUUCAUCAUGACCACUGGCACAGGUCAGAAGAAGAGGUCAAUCAACCCUACAAAGGCUGGAUACCAGAAUACAAUAACGAACAUUACCCAUACCAUGACAUUCCAUAAAAUGCAAUGUUUCCCUUGCCAUUCAUUUAUUUAUUUAUUUAUUUAUUGCGUGUCUGCAUAUGUUCACUUUAUAAAAGAAAAUAAAUCAUCUUUUUAUAAAAUUUUGUCUUGAUUAUUGUAAAACAUCAGCAAAUUAUCAAAGAUGUUAGAUUACAUCGGUAAACUACCAAAAACCUCAUAUCAUCGCGACAUUUGUAAAUUGCCAAGCUCAGAUAUGUCAUAUCUUAUUAAAGCUUGAUAAUCACAUGUGUUACAUGCAACAUCAAUAAUAAAGAUCAUAUGUGGUAAGGAUUUUACAAUUUAUAUAAAUAAUUAAAUAAAUAUUAAAAAAGAUAACUAUACAGAUAUACAUAUAAAUAUAUAGC